UCUGUCUACAUCUCUCCAGCAGUGCGCAGCCCGAUCGGACGUUCCCUUCUCGCUGAGCCCGCUGCCCCAGGUGCCGUGCCACCGGGACGCCGCUAACUCCCUCUCCCCCCUCGCGACCCGCGGCAGGCACGUGCGGUCUGACGAGGCGGCUCGAGCUCUGUCGCGAGCACUGUCACCCGUUACGGAGGCAGGGCGAUUGUCCCGUGAGGAGGGGAUGGCGGAGGUAAAAGGCGUUACUCAAACCGGGAUCUCUCCAAUAAUCAUGGAUACCACUAGAAAGGUACCGGUAAUCCGCAAAUCCCUGAAACCAGCAAGACCAUUGCAUCGUUUAUCUACUGAGAUAGAUUCUACAGUAUGUGUUGAUUACUUUCCACCGCUUUUACAUCAAAAUGAAGUUUCAUGGAACGAAGAGAACUGGACUAUUUCAAGUGGAUAUGUACAACGGGAAACCAAGUGGAGUAAUAUUCCAUCAUUUAGAAGCAAACAUGAUCUGAAAGAACGACCAACUGAAAGACGUCAUUCUGGUCAGGGAGAUGGCACAAAGAAGGAUGCAGAGAGGAUAACCUACAGCAGAGAAUUUCUGAUGAAAAUUGCCAGCCUGCCGAUUUCAAAAGAGAAACCUGAGUUUUUGCCAUCUCUUCCUGUGGUGUUAGAGAGGCCUGUAAGUUGUGGACUUUGA